AUGAAUUUUAACGACGUUACCGUCAGUUGGCAGGAUAUAUCGGACACUGAGCGCACAGCACUAUUGAAUAAACCAUGUCCACCCCGAGCCAAGCCCAGAAUCCAUCCACCACGGAAAACUCCCGAUCGAAUCACUUCUCGUGUCUUCAGUAUAUGCCAAUCGGCGGUUAUGAAUAACCAUACAGCGCAACGUCCAGUUCGAUUAAAUAAUUUCAAAAAUCACACAACAUUGACAAGCGCCAAAGAAAAUGUUGAUAAUGCCUAUCGUACAAUGAUCGAAUUUACUGAAACAUGUAAACGAGAAUCCAACAAUGAUACAAUGACAAUAGAUAUGCCAAUGUCCAAACGUAUUCGUUCUUCGUCACCUCCAUCAACUAUUGACCAGUGUGCUUCUCCCUCAGCUAUAUCACGUUAUAUAAGUCAUGAUAGUUAUUUAACAUUCGUUCCUCCACCGGAUCAAUUUCUUGCAACGGAGAAUAAAACAAAUACUGAUGCAGAUUUCAACGAUGACGCCCUUUGGGAUGAUUGGGAUUUGCCAUCGACAACAACAGCAAGCAAUAAAAAAACACCGGGUAAAAUACGAACAAUGUCAUCGCCAGCUGUUCAUUCACGCACAAACCAACUUAUCGAAACGAUGACGAAUAUCAAUGUACUUGAAUCAACUAAAUUAUCACAAUCUUCGGCAAAACCAUCCUCCUUGCAACCAGUGACAUCGAAUCUCGUUUGGGAUGACGAUGAUGAUGAUUUCGAACAAUUACUAAGUCAAUUUCCUAAUGAAUUACCCAGUGAACAACCAUUAUUAUCGAAUGACUCCAUAUUGAUUCCAGUACCGAGCACGGACGAUGACAAUUCGACGCGUCUUGAUGCGACUCGUCGAACUUCAGCUCUUCUGACCAAAGACAAUCAAUCCUUAGUUCACAAUUCAUCGAAAAUUGAACUAUCGAGUCAAUCUUACACGAGUCAAACCCGCACAUCGACUUCAGGUUUGCAACGUUCGAAUACUGGUCCCCUAUCACCGAUAGUAACUCGAAAUACUGCGAAAAUCAAUUCUCCACGCGUACGCUGUGAUUCAAGUCAUGAGAUUAAAAAGAAGAUAUGUAACGAAGCAGAGAUUGAACAGAAACGAUUAGCUGCACUUGCCCUUCGACGUCAACGAGAACUAGAACGGCAACAGAAGAAAUCUUAG